GCCUCGGAAACUGAAUCGUGCGUGCGUGCCGCGGGGGGAUGGUUUCCCGCGCCGCCCCUCCGUGCCGGCAGCUGGCCGCGUCACCCCAGCCAGGCUCGCAAGCACACUCACACGUGCAUUCAUUCAUCCGCCGUCGGUGUCGGUAGGUCCGCGUUGAGCGGGUGGCGUGCAUGAAACGUGCACUCUCGGCUCGCCGCUCAAAAGGAAACGGUGGCGGCUUGCGCGCUCUUCUCAACAGCACGUCUCUAUGGCCGCUUGUGUGCUAUCCAGGCGGUGACUCCUCGCUAUCUGCUCUUCCUCCUCACCUGCCCAAGUGCUAAUCUACAGAGAUAAAAACAGACCAUGAAAGAUUCGAAGAGGACGAUUUUUGCCAGGAAUGAACUGCUGCACCCGGCGCAUAUGGAGACAGAAUGCUUCCGACCGCCUCUGAUGGAACCGGUGCCUGUCGUGCACCUGAGUCAGCAGCAGCAGCAGUACGCCACUAGAGACGUUUUCCGAUUCUCGUCGCGGCCCGUGUGCGAACCCUUCAUAGAUCGGCAGGGUAGCGUGUUCAGUCUGACGGCCAGCGUUCCUCACUUUCCCGUGAAUGGGCCCCUCGACGAGCACAAAACCAACGUCCGAACAGCGCCUUCGGUGGCCAUCAAGGUGUCCCGCAUCACCAAGAAGUCAGCCAGUCUGCUUUACGGACCUUCCACCUGGAUCCUGAGCAAGCAGCCGGCUUGGAGGCGUUUCCUUGCUGCCUUCCUGUUCGUCGCCUUUGUCGCCGCGCUCGGCGCUCUCAUCCUCAUCACGGUCUCCAAAGUGUCCAGCCCUCCAAUUGAAGUGGGUAACAAGGUGCAAAUUGAACCAGUAGUCACCUACAAUGAUUCAAAUGACGACAUGGUUGAUAUAAUCAGCGGUGAAAUCCAUUUUCCUCGUGUGGACUUCAACCCGGCACUGAACGACACGGAGUCAGAUGCGUUCAAACGGCUGUCUCUCCAAAUCAAAGAAAAGUUGGACGACCUUUUUAACGCAAGUGACCUCGCACCUAGUUACAACGGAUCCACUGUAUAUGCUUUCCGACCAGCGUCUGUUGAGGGAACGGAGGUUUUGUGCCACUUGAGGCUGCUCGUCUUGGAGGAGCCGAAGAAUUUUAUGGAGGAGCCGGCUAACCGCGCAGGACUGGCCUUCCUGCGGGGUAUGCGCCACCACGAAGGCCAUAUGUGGCUCGACAAGUGGAUUGUCGACGAACACUCGAUCGGCUUCUCGGGCCACGCAGUCAGGGGCACUUUCCGGCGGCACCAGCAGCUGCAGCACCCUGAUGACAACACUCCCGGCUGGACCAGCUGGGCGCCAUGGAGCGCGUGCGGAGCCAGAGGCGUGCAGUCCAGGCUGCGCAAGUGUGCUCUCAGGAACGGCACUGGAGUGGUUUUGAAGAGCACAGAGCAGUGUCUGCAGCGCGGAGGUGGCGACCUGCUGAUCAAGGACUGCAAACAGAACAAGUCUGAGGUGGUGGUGACCGUGCGGCGUCCCUCACAAACCGACACACAUCAACCGAUGACAGAUGUGCGCCUCUGCGACGACUGCCGCGAGGGCGAGGUGUGCGUGGCGCUGGUUGGCGAUCCGGUCCCCUCUUGUCGGCCCAUAACCGACGCCGCUGACCCCACUGGCUGCGGUGGCCUCUGCAAGAUCAAUACUGAGUUCUGUAGACAGCUCGACAUGGACGCAUUCAGGUGCAUCGACGAUUCGCACUGUCUAGAGUCAGAGUGGCGUUGCGCCAAUAAUAUGUGCAUACCCAAGAGUAGCAGGUGCGACGGACACAUGAAUUGCUAUGACCACUCGGAUGAGUCAGAUUGCGAGUGCGAGCCUUCGACGCACUUCCACUGCGGCAACCAGACGCAAUGUCUGCCGGUGUCGAAGCGGUGCGACGGUGUGGUCGACUGCUGGGACGCGGCGGACGAGGCCAACUGCACGGCCGCCUGCGCCAGUCCGGCGCACUUCCCUUGCUCGGACGGCGGUUGCGUGCCGCUGGGACGCUUCUGCGAUGGUCUGGCCGACUGCGCCGACCGGAGUGACGAGCCCGUCGGCUGCGGCGGCGGCUGCAAGAGCACCGAAUUUCGCUGCCGCAACGGUCGCUGCGUGCGGCGCCUUGCCGUGUGCGACGCCUUCGACACGUGUGGCGACGCUUCCGACGAGGGGCCCGGCUGCACUGACCCAGCCGCCGACCCGAACAUGUUCGCCUGGGCCACCGCGGCCAAGGUGGACAGGGCCAAAAUGACAAGCUGUCCGCGCGGACAGUUCCGCUGUGCCAGUGGAGAAUGUGUGUCAGAGACGUUGCGUUGUGACGGCACUGUUGACUGCGGCGACAAAUCUGAUGAGACACACUGUCUACGUUUCAAAACAAUACCUAACCGAAACACGACAGCAUAAACUGCAUUUAUAGGCUCUUGAAUGAAAAGCUUUAAUUUUGUUAUUUUUUAAGAGAAGAUCCGAUGCGUGAGAAAAUGUAUCAUUGACUGUUUGUAAAAAAAAAACACAAGCAUUUAAUUUUUGUAAGUAUAUGUAUUGUAGCAAUAGCAACAAUAAAGAUAAAAAAUAUUUAAAACUAUA